AUGGUGGAAAGCGUAGAACAGUUGGAAGAUGAAAAUAAAAGCAUUAUUAUGGGAAUUAUUUCCCAAUUAACCAAGGGCACUGACCUUUCUCGCGUUACAUUACCCACCUUUGUACUGGAACCAAGAAGCAUGCUUGAAAAAUUCACAGACUUUAUGACGCACCCAGACUUACUGAUCAAGGCUUCGAAAACAACGGAUCCUGCUCAAAGAUUUGUUGAAGUGUGUCGAUUUUUCCUUUCCGGUUGGCAUAUUAUUCCAAAAGGCGUCAAGAAACCCUAUAAUCCUAUACUGGGUGAAUUCUUUAGAUGUCGAUAUGAUUUGCCCGAUGGCACGAAAGCUUAUUAUAUCGCUGAGCAGGUCUCUCAUCAUCCGCCUAUUACGACCUAUUACUAUUCCAUCCCUGAGCACGGUAUUUUUGUCACUGGUGAAGCACAUCCCAAGGCCAAGUUUUUGGGCAACAGUGCUGCUACCGUCAUGAAAGGUUAUACACGGAUUACCUUUUCUGAAUUGAACAAUGAAACGUACGAAAUUACAAACCCCAACGUAUAUGCACGCGGCAUUUUAUUCGGCAAGAUGAUUUAUGAGAUGGGGGAUUCAUCCUUUAUCAAAUGUCAAUCACUAGGCUUUGUCUGUGAAUUGGACUUUAAAACAAAGGGCCUCUUCUCCGGUCGCUAUCAUUCAGUUGUUGGUAAAAUCAAGCGUACCUCAACAAACGAAACUUUACACGAGAUAUCCGGUAUUUGGACCGAUGAGUUAUUCAUUCACAAGCCCAAGUCCUCUUCCAAAGCAUCAUUUUUUAAAGUAGCAGAGGCUUACAGCGCUUCUCAAAUUGUGGAACCCUUAGAAAAUCAAGAAUGGAAUGAAUCUAGAAACUUAUGGUCCAAGGUGACAUUGGCUAUAAAAGCAAGAGAUAUGGACACAGCUACAGAUGAAAAGACGUUUAUUGAAAACAGACAACGUGAAGAGACAAAACUACGUCAGAAAGAAGGCAUCCAAUGGCAUCCACGCUUUUUCACAAUGAAUGCCAAGGAAGAAUACGAGUUCAACGGUAGUAAAGGGUAA